UAAUGAUUGGCGCUGAAGAAGUAUUCCGCACCUGGGAAGAGGUGAUAAAAGAGUUUACGAAUGUAGCGCGAGAAGUCACUCGUAAGCGAUCUGAAAAAUUUAUCCCGAUAAUAAUCCACGCCGCGCACUCGAAAUUGCAAGAACGUGUUACUUUUGUAAGAGGGUUCAGAAAACAGCACGAGCAACUUAAUUCGAUGGAAAAGGUUAAACUUGCUUACGAAAGUGUAAAGGAUAUCGACGUGUUGGAUGUUUCUACUGAGGGAACUGUAUUUUUGACGCAAGCGGAAAACUCUUACAAUGAAAGUGUGUUAAGAGUUAAACAAAUCCUCCUUUCAUAA